AUGAAAAGGCCGUUGGUGGAGGCGGCAGAGGGGGAUGGAGGUCCUUGGUCAGCAGAAGGCUCGGAUGCUGGAGCAACUUCACCUGAUGGGCUCAGAGCAGGAGGGGAAGAGACUGGUGAAGGAGAAGGUGAUGAAGUUGUAGGAGAUGGCGAUGGGGAAGUUGGGGCCGGAGAUGGUGUUGGAGACGGGGUCGGUGCCGGGGUUGGUGAUGGUGAUGGUGAUGGUGUCGGGGUAGCUGCUGGUGGUGGCGUUGGUGCCGGUGUCGGGGUAGCUGCUGGUGGUGGCGUUGGUGUCGGUGUCGGGGUAGCUGCUGGAGGUGGCGGAGAUGUUUGUGGUGCCGUUGGCGGAGCUGUUGGUGCUUGA